CGCCCGCUCGAGCUUGGCCAUGGAGCGCUUCUUGCUGGGCUGCCGGGCCGCUGUGCAGGAGUCCCGACCUCUGCAUGUUGUAUUGGGAAAUGAAGCCUGUGACUUGGACUCUAUGGUUUCUGCUCUCACUCUGGCCUUCUACUUGGAAAAUACAUCUGAGUCCAAGGCAGCCUUUGUGCCAGUUUUAAAUAUCCCACAUUCUGAGCUAGCCCUGAGGGGUGAUAGUGUCUUUCUGCUUUCGGAACUUAAUAUCCCAGAAUCCUCCUUGAUUUUCCGGGAUGAAAUUGACCUUCAAGCUUUGCACCAGACUGGGCAACUUACCCUUACCCUUGUUGACCAUCACAUCCUCCCAAGCAGUGAUAAAAGUCUAGAGAAUGCUGUAACAGAGGUAUUGGACCACCGGCCCCUGGAAAAACAAUACCCCCAUCCCUGUAGUGUAACAGCAGAGCUGGUGGGAUCCUGUGCCACUUUAGUGACUGAGAGAAUCCUUCAGGGGAAGCCAGAAAUUUUGGACUGGCAAACUGCAGCACUUCUGCAUGGGACUAUAAUCUUGGAUUGUGUCAACAUGGCCCCUGAAGCUGGCAAAGUAACUCCAAAGGAUUCCAAGUAUGUAGCACAGCUAGAAGCCCUCUUUCCAGACUUACCAAGUAGGAGCAGCAUCUUUGAGUCCCUGCAGAAGGCCAAGUUUGAUGUAUCAGGGCUGACUACAGAUCAGAUGCUAAGAAAAGACUUGAAGACAAUCUCUGGGGACAGUACCAUGCUGGCCAUUAGUGCAAUAUACAUGGAUUUGGAGGUUUUCCUUCAGAGAUCCAACCUCACAGCAGAGUUGGACUCCUUCUGUCAAGCUCAUGGCUAUGAUGCCCUUGUUGCUAUGACUAUCACUUUCAACCCUCAUAAUGAGCCAGUUCGGCAUCUGGUGGUUUUCUGUCCUAGUGUGGACCUCCAGAGUACGAUCUGUGAAGCCUUGGAAUAUUCGCACUGUCCACCUCUGAACCUGACUCCAGCUCCAACCCCUCACCCCAACCUCAAGGCCUAUCUUCAAGGAAACACUCUUGCUUCCAGGAAGAAAGUUCUCCCUAUCCUCAGAGAUGCCCUAUGGGGGAAUCCUGGUGCCAUGAGGACACCUUCAGGAAAGCCUGGGUCAGAAGACUGCUCCCAAGAACAAGUGGAUGAUGAACUGGACAAAACCAUUAAUCCUCUGAUUCCUGAAAUGAGUCGAGAUGAGGAAGAACCUGUGCUGCCCCCUACACCCAUGAACAGCUUAGUAGAUGAGUGCCCUCUGGAUCGGGGACUGCCUAAACUCUCAGCUGAGGCUAUUUUUGAAAAAUGUAGCCAGAUCACAAUAGCACGUUCCUCUACCAGUCCUCCCCAAAAGAAGAAGUGACUUACGGGGUGAGAAAGAGGGAAUUUUCAGAACACAGUAGGAGAUGGUGCCCAACCUAGCUUGAAUGCAUGAUUUGGAAUGUUUAGGGAAUUUUCAUAAUUCUCUUCAUUGCUCCAGGACCCAGGUACACUAUUCACAUAGAUGUGGAAGGAGAUAGAAGUGAAAGGAGAUAUGAAGGCUGUAGGGAUGGUUUUCUACCUUUCCCGCCAAUCAGCCAAUUUUCUUAAUUCUGGAAAUCUGCACUGACCUCACUCUUAAAACACAGGGGUUUAGCAUCUUACACACGUGGUCCCCUGAAUAGAUGUUAAUGGAGAAGGCAAAUAGUAUCAGGGAAACUCUAGCAACACUCUCAGCCCUUAUCUCAGCAAAGACUAGGUACCUCCCAUGAAACUGAGGGACAAAUCCAUUUGUUCAGCAAGCUGAAUUUGACUGCAUAUUCAAUGCUGGAUAGAGAUGAGUUUGGAAACUCACCCAGUUUUCAGCCUGUUUAUGAUAAUUAGGAUGUGAUUUU